AUGAGUAAGCGUGUUGCCAUCGUGGGCAGCGGCUGCUCAGGCCUGGGCGCUUUGUGGGCGCUCAACACCAGCACAAGUCAUGAAGUCCAUCUCUUCGAAGCCACGUCGCGACUAGGCGGACAUACGAAAUGCAUUUCCUACGAGGGACCCAACGGUCAGACGAUCCAAGUUGAUGCCGGCUUGCUUGCCAUCAACAACAACGCCACCUCCCCUAACUUUGUCCGAUUCCUCCAGGAGUUGGGUGUCCCGGUGAAGAAGACCGCCGUGACUUUUGGCGUCUCCCGCGAUCAAGGCGCCUUCGAGUGGGCAUGGACUUCGUGGUCGUCCGUCUUUGCCCAGAGGAGAAAUAUCUUCUGCCCUGACACGUGGAAGUUGGUGUUUGAGGUCAUCCGAUUCAAAGAGUUCGCACUCGAUCUUCUCCAAGAUGACGACGGGGAGGACGAAUCCAUCAUCCAGGAAAUCCAGCAAAAAAGGAUCCAACGUCGGUCCCAAGAAAGGAUCGGUGAAUAUCUCGACCGCGAGAAUUACUCUCAAGGGUUCCGUGAUAACUAUCUCAUUCCAAUGGUGGCUGCUAUAUUGGGCACGAACCUCGUUCGUUGUAUAUUGGAACUCCCCGCAGUCACGGUGGUGCGAUCCAUGUACAAUCAACACAUGCUGAAUAUGACUCCCAAAUCCUCAAAUUGGUGGACCAUCCCUGGUGGAAGUGGGCGGUAUAUCGAAGCAGUGGUGAAAGAUGUCCCGGACAAUCGGAUCCAUCUCGACUCGAAAGUCACCUCACUGACGCCAGGUGAAAAUGGCAUUGUCGUGUUGAGGGCAAAUGGGAAAGACCAUGGAUUUGACCACGUGAUAGUCGCGACACAGUGUGAACAGGCCCUGGAAAUGUUGCAGCCGAUCAUAUCCAGGGAAGAAUCUGACAUCUUGAAGGGUUUCCGGACAGAUAGGGUCGUUGCCGUAUUGCACUCGGAUCUCACGCUGAUGCCAAAGAGACGACAAGCAUGGUCAUCGUUGAACUUUGUCUCCGAGUCCCUAUUCCCGCCUACCAGAAGCAAGAACGUUUCCAGAGGCUGUCUGACAUACUGGAUGAAUGUACUCCAAGAACUGCCAGAGAGUCAGUUGGGCCCUAUUCUGAUCACACUAAAUCCCUUACACAUGCCCGAUCCUCGACUGGCCCAGGGCAUAUGGGAAUAUUCGCUUCCCUUGUAUGAUGCGGCUGCAAUCAAGUCGCAGAAACUGUUGUCCAAGAUUCAAAACACCAAGGGCAUUAGUUACUGCGGAGCCUGGACCAAGUGUGGCUUCCAUGAAGACGGCUUCAGUAGCGGCUUGUCUGUCGCCGUCGGUCAUCUGGGGGCAAAUCUGCCUUUCGACUUCGUGGAUCCAACAUUGUCCGGGGCUAACAAACCCAUGCUGACCUUGAAGAAUUAUUUGCUCAGGUUGGUCAUUCUCCUCUGA